AUGCCGUCUGAUUUACGCCUUAUGGAUGAUAUCACUCCACCUAGGAGCUUCCUGAAUACUCCACUCACGCCACCGCCGACGGAAAAGAAAAAAUUAUCGGGAAAAGUGUUGCGUGUGCUAGAUGGUGACGAAUCUCUUCGAGGUUACGUGGAAGAUAAAGCUCGACUACGACCCUUCCUAGUCCUAUAUGACUAUCUGAAUGCCAACUCCUCCCUAUGA